GCAAACCAUAGAGGUCCAAGGCUUUUUAAUGGGCGGAAGUGGCUAGAGCGUCGCGGAAUCGCCUCCUACUUCCGGUUUCCGCUCGCAGUGCAUUCUGGGACGCCGGGCGUGCGUUUGGGGAAGCGCCAGUAAACGGAUUUCCAGCAUCGCCAGAGAAAGAAUCGGGUGCGAAUUGCCGCCGUACGCCGCCGCCGUACGCCGCCAUGUCUAUCGGAGUCCCCAUCAAGGUCCUCCACGAAGCAGAGGGCCACAUAGUGACCUGCGAGACCAACACAGGAGAAGUCUACCGGGGGAAGCUCAUCGAAGCCGAGGACAACAUGAACUGCCAGAUGUCGAACAUUACGGUGACGUAUCGCGACGGCCGGGUGGCGCAGCUGGAGCAGGUCUACAUCCGCGGGAGCAAGAUCCGCUUCCUGAUCCUGCCGGACAUGCUCAAGAACGCCCCCAUGCUCAAGAGCAUGAAGAACAAGAACCAGGGCUCUGGUGCUGGGCGUGGAAAGGCCGCCAUCUUGAAGGCGCAAGGAACAGGAGGAAGCAGUCUGACCACCUGUGACCGCAAAAGAUCUCCGACAAGUAGAUCUAAACCAGUCGAGAACAGAGUCGCUGAGAACCAAGGUCAGAAAGUAUUCAACCGGAGACAGUGA